AUGAUAGAUAUUGCCUCUCUAAUGGACAAUCCACCAUGUGGGGUUACUGCGCACAUUGAUGACGAAGACUUCACUAUUGUCCAUGCUCUCAUUUCUGGUGCCACUAACACCCCUUACAAUGGUGGUUUUUUUUACUUCAUUUUAAAGUGCACCUCUGAUUAUCCUUUAAGUCCUCCUAAGGUGAAGCUCAUGACUACUGGUGCUGGCACUGUUAGAUUUAAUCCCAACUUUUAUAGUUGCGGGAAAGUCUGCCUGAGCAUUUUGGGGACAUGGUUUGGACCUGGAUGGUUGCCAAGUCAUACAAUUGAAGGCGUUCUUAUCUCAAUUCAAAGUGUGAUGUGUGAAAAUCCAAUUUACAAUGAACCAGGGUUUGAUGAAGAGGCUGAACCUCUGGCAGUUGAACAGUACAACCUGUAUGUACAAACAAAGACUCUUCAUUCAGCUGUAGCUGCUAUGCUAGAGGAGACAAAUUUGCCUCAGCCACUGAAACACUUCAUUCAAAGAACUUUCAUUCAAAAUUUCCACAUGUAUGAAGAACUGGCCAUAAGGAAUAUGGAAUCGGUCCCAAAACUCUUGAAAUUAUCCACUAGUGCAAUUGCACGUCUAGCCAGUCUCUACGCAAAGACUUCUGUGUCUGAAGAAAACUUCAAACUACGAUUGGAUGAGGAAACUGGGUUUGGAGAGAAUCACGCAUCAGAUGGGGAUCCUUUCCGCAACACCUUGAAUAAGAGGUCUAUGUCACCUGAUAUAUUUGAACAGUAG